CCAAUCUGGGGAAUUCGUGCGCUAGUAUAAAAUGGGGAGCCCAGCUCAGAAGCUCAAUGUCAAUUAUCACUUUUUCAAACGCAUUUUUACCCACUUUUGAGAAAAAGGAACGCACUUAAUCAAUGGCCAUCAAAGUUUACAUUGUGUACUAUUCCAUGUAUGGACAUGUAGAGAAACUAGCAGAAGAGAUAAAGAAAGGGGCUGCAUCUGUUGAAGGGGUUGAAGCCAAACUAUGGCAGGUCCCUGAGACACUACCAGAGGAAGUGCUCACAAAGAUGAGUGCACCUUCAAAGAGUGAUGUGCCUAUUAUCACACCCAACGAACUUGCCGAGGCUGAUGGCUUUAUAUUUGGAUUCCCCACAAGGUUUGGCAUGAUGGCUGCCCAAUUCAAAGCAUUCUUCGAUGCUACUGGGGGCCUAUGGAGAACACAGCAGCUUGCUGGAAAACCUGCUGGCAUCUUCUACAGCACUGCAUCUCAAGGUGGCGGGCAAGAAACUACAGCGUUAACUGCUAUCACUCAGCUUGUUCACCAUGGAAUGCUCUUUGUGCCCAUUGGAUAUACGUUUGGAGCCGGCAUGUUUGACAUGGAGAAACUAAAAGGUGGAAGUCCUUAUGGUGCUGGAACCUACGCUGGUGAUGGUUCAAGACAGCCAUCUGAGCUUGAAUUACAGCAAGCUUUCCAUCAGGGGAAACACAUUGCAACAAUCACCAAGAAACUGAAGGGAGCUGCCUAAUCUCUUCCUGUUUCAAAUAUAUUGUUUGCUUUUCUCACUAUAGUUUCUUUAUCCAUAAAAAAAUUACGUAUUAUUUUCUCUGAUUGCAUCUGUCAUUCUUGCUAUGCUACUGUCAAUGUUAAAGGUUUGUCAUUCCUUCAGAUUUCAGUAUAUGUAACACGAAUAUCUGGAUCAACUGUAAGUCAUUGUUAUCCUAUUUGUGGUUCUUGUCUCUUAUGAAACAUAUAUGAGUACUAAAUCCUUGUGUUUUAA